GGUACCGACAGCAAUGCUUCAACGACGAUGUGUGGAAAUUGCUAUUCUCAGGCCUCCGAUUGCCCCAGUGUCUUGAAGUUUCACACAGCACCAACCAGAAUUCGAGGUUUUAACAAGUUUUUUCAUGCACAGAGGCGUGCGGAGAGUAGCGAUGAGCUGGAAUUUAUUGUUGCCGUGACGAAAUCUCGAAAGAUUUAGGGUUGGAAUUGAAGAUUUUCUCUGCAGAGGGAUCUGUUGCGGUGGGAUUGCAGUUGGAUGGGACGAAUUUUGAUGUGAAUUUGAAGCUUAAUUCGGUCGAGUCUGAAGGGUGGGUAGUGUUGGUUAUGGCACGGACAUGGAGCUCCUGGGUUUUGGUCACGACGCUAGUAGUGUUUGUGGGUAGUGUGAUUGCGGAAGCGGCACCUUAUGUGCGCCCACCCCCUCGGAAGGCACUCUCGUUGUGGGGCGGUUGUGCGAAGGACUCGGAAAAUUUACAGGUGCAUGUGUCAUUAGCGGGGGCAAAGCACAUGAGAGUAUCAUGGAUGAGUCCUGCAAAUGGUAAAAACAAGACACCAGUGGUACAGUAUGGGUUAACGUCAGGGAACUAUACCUCUACGGCUAUUGGAACGUCAGAGAGUUACUCUUUCUUUCUAUACACGUCUGGGUUGAUGAAUCACGUUGUGAUUGGUCCUCUAGAAGACAGCACAAUCUAUUACUAUAAAUGUGGAGGUGCAGGGAAAGAAUACAAGUUCAAGACCCCUCCACCUGUAGGGCGGAAUGUUCCCAUCAAGUUUGCAGCUGUUGGGGACUUGGGUCAAACUGAAUGGACGAAAUCUACACUGAGUCACAUAAACAACUCUAAUUAUGAUGUCCUGCUAUUUGCUGGAGAUUUAUCGUACGCGGAUUACUACCAGCCAUAUUGGGACUCAUUUGGCGAGCUUGUUGAACCUUAUGCUAGUGCUAGACCUUGGAUGGUGACAGAAGGGAAUCAUGACGUUGAGUCUGUUCCGAUUCUUGUUGAAUCUUUCCGUGCUUACAAUACCAGGUGGCAGAUGCCUCACAAUGAGAGCGGAUCAGAUUCUAAUCUGUUUUACUCCUUUGAAGUUGCUGGGGUUCAUGUGAUCAUGCUGGGCUCAUACACAGACUACGAUCCAAAAUCUGCUCAAUUCAAGUGGCUACAAGCAGAUCUUAAGAAGGUGGACAGAAGCAGGACGCCAUGGCUUAUUGUUGUUCUACAUGCUCCGUGGUACAACACAAACCAUGCUCAUCAGCAUAAUGGAGAUGCCAUGAAGAAGGCACUGGAACAAGUGCUUUAUGAGGCUCAUGUGGACAUCCUUGUUGCGGGUCAUGUUCAUGCCUACGAGCGCACGACACGGGUCUACGCGAACAACGUGGAUCCCUGCGGGAUUAUGCACAUUACCGUAGGUGAUGGAGGCAAUCGAGAAGGUCUAGCUAGAAAGUUCUAUGCAAACUCACCAGACUGGUCUGUAUUCCGAGAGUCAAGUUUUGGACAUGCGGAGCUCGACAUUGUGAAUGCUACUCAUGCACAUUGGACUUGGCACCGCAAUGACGACGAUGAAGCUGUACUUGCUGACGAAUUUUGGAUAUCAAGCCUCAGUGCUGGUCAUUCAGAAUGCUCCUUCCAAGAACCUAGUACCAGGAGGAUUUUAAAACCUGGUUCGCCACGUUUAGGGAAAGUUAUAUAUUAGUCUGUUUGACCAACAUUAGCUUUGUAUAUAUUUACCACUUCACGGUUAUCAUUCCUGAUUAGAUUAUCUAAAGGAAUGUAGCGUUUGUAGGACUGAGACCAUUCCGGAUUGAAAUUGCAAAGAUGAAUCGUCAGCCAAGUGAAUCAUCUUAAUUCUGUUAUUACAAGACAAGACUAAUACUCAUGUUCCAUUAUGUGGAAUAUAUUGUGAUCAUUAUGGUCCUUUUUUGAA